AUGAAAUCGAUAAUCGCUGCAGUGAUUAUUUUGUCAGGGAAUGUCCUUAUCGUUAGUGCAUUCCACGCAAAUUCUUUUGACGUGAUCAGAGGAUGCAAACAACAUGUCAAUGUAAAGAACUACAAUGACCCACUUGAUUACUUUCCAACGUCGAGUCUUCUACACAUUGGCUAUACAAACCACUCCAGGAUCUUUAAAAUCGGUAUACAAGGACGUAAUAAUGGAAUUAUCCGAUUCGGCGAAAUAUUGUCUCCAUACAAUAAGAAUGUGAUCGAGAUAGUUAUUGGAGCAAAUGGGAACACGAAGAGUAUUGCCCGACGCCAGCAACGAACGGCAGCAAAUAAAUUUACCAACUUCGCACUGGCUGAUAUUUACACUCCGGACUUGCUGUCUUACAAUCAUCCCACAAUGUUUAGGAUAGAGAUCUUUUUGGAAGGAACGAUUCAAGUGAGCAUCGAUGGACAAGAUCAUCCGUUCCUAUCGUUUAAGGAUAGUACAAACAUUCCUUUCAAUUACAUGGCAUUUACCAAAGGGGUAGCCAAUGAUUUAGUGAUCUUUUUUUACGAUUGUCCUCUAGAGAGAAGCAAUGUAGUGUGUUAG